AUGCCUCGCCAGUCUCGCCAACGGCCCGUGUCUUGCUCCUUUUGUCGAGUCCGGAAACUGCGCUGCUCUCGGGAUUUUCCUUGCACCAACUGCACAUCCCGGGGGCGCCAGUGUCCCCAUCCGACUGACGACAAGGAUGUCCACCAGGCCCCAUUGAGUGUGAGUGCUCUGGCUGCUGCUGUGAGCUCACUGUCCCCAGCCUCGAGUGCGGGUGACGGCGCUAUUCUGAGUCGCCUGGAGCGACUAGAGGCUCUGUUAGCCACCCACACGAAAGAACCCCAAAGUGCCCAUGGGCUGCCUGUGGACACGCCGUCAUCGGUGGCCAGUCAUCAGAGCGAGAAGGUCAUGACUCAACAGAAUGUACUACCCCCCAUUCUGCCCCCAAACGCACACAAGCUGGAUGCAGAUGCCGUAUUGCUUGAACAAUCCACUUUUGACUCCCUUAAUCCCAAUGACACCGCGGUCCUUUCAAACUCCUCCUAUGUCUUCCGCAUCUGUCCCAUACGCCUAAUCACUCCGUCAGCAACACCUUACAUUUUCCAGAGUCCACCAUGCGGCAGUUUCCCGGAGCCAGUAAGAUGCAUCUGGCUUCCCCAGCGUGAAGAAGCUAAAGAGAUGGUCAAUGCCUACGUUGCAGAGCUCAUCUUUCUCCAACACAUUACUCAUGGCCCAGCGCUUCGCCUCUUAGUGGACCAAGUCUACGAUAGCUUGCAGUCCGGAGCGGAUGUGCACUUGGGCUCGGUUGCCUUGCUGUUAUCUGUUUGUGCUGAUAUUACCUAUCUCUGGACUCCUGCAAUUUCGAGGCCGGCCAUCAAUUUGAGUGAUGCCGAAGCCAGUUGCCAGUCCAGUUUCUGGACAAAGGCUACUUUGGAUUUACUAGACCAUGGCCAUAGAAACUCUCAUGUUUCGAUCGAGGCCAUCCAGGCCACCAUGAUGCUGACCUUCAUCAUUGGAAACAUGGAAGGAAUAGCGAUCCGAUCCCGUACAAUUGUAGCCCAGGCCAUCACCAUGGCUCGUGAGCUGAGUCUCCAUCGGAUUGACUGCCGCCUCUUGCCUGGCCAAGUACCAAAAUACACUGGAAUUCAAGCUGAGAUCGGCCGGCGCGUAUGGUGGUAUCUCGCCGCUACUGAUUGGAUGCUAUCGCGGUUCUCUGGACCACACGAAGGCUCAUAUACCAUCUUACCGAGCCAAAUGUCUGUCAAUCGCCCGUUAAAUAUCAACGAUGAAGAUCUUACCGACGACGGCACGAUGGUCGGAAGACCUGUCGAGGAACCAACACACAGCUCAUACUUCCUGCAGCGUGUCGAAAUGGCAAAUCUCAUGCGUAUCCUUUCUGACCGAAUGCCGCACGGUCCAGCGCAUGCCGAGUACAGUCUCAUCCUCGAGCUAGAUGCCACUAUCGACCGCUUCCUCCAAGGGAUUCCCACAUUCCUCAACCUGGACGCGGAUGGCCUCGCGCAACAAGAGGCAUCAUGCCCUCGUCGCAGAGCUCACAUCACGAUCCAAAAAUACACCAUUAAUUUAAUUACAUACAGCCAGCGCUGCAAACUGCAUCUCCCAUUCUUCGUGCGCGGCACUUUCGAUCCCGCAUAUGCCUACUCGCGGACAGUUUGCCUUAAAGCUGCCGGGGAUAUCCUGGACAUGGAGCUGCUGCUGAGAAGAGAGCAGUACCGUUUCGCGCUGCGAUGUUCUAAGCUUAGCCUGAUACUCCACAGCUUGUUCUCCGCUGGCCUCGUCCUACUGAUGGAUCUGGGUCUCAAGAAUGGGGCUACCGACAAGUCGGAAAGCCGCACACGGAUGAGGCAGAUCUGGAACGUCCUUGAAGAAGCGAGAGACCAAUCAGGACUUGCGAAGCGAUUACUGGAACUCCUGAGGCAGGUGAUGAAGAAGCACAAUGUGCCGGUUCCAACGCCUCAUGAUGAGCCGGGGGUCCGCUCGGCUGGUUUCGAGCGCGGCCAGUCCGCUCUCCCUCUCACGCCAAACUCUGGGAUCAAGGGGAGGACAUACGGGGAUUCGCCGUCCAAUCCUGAAUCUAUAGACUGGGGGAACCCCGGAACUGAUAUGGACAUCGAUGGAGUUGAUUGGGAGAGCCUCAUGGUUAGUUUUGAUGGGCCAUUUGUGUAG